AUGCGGUAUCAAAAGUGGUUACUGCCUCUAUUGGCGGUCGGGGUUGGAGCUGCCCCUGCAAACAUAACCAAAGACAGCGUCUCGUCUGUCGUGAAGAAUGGCGUCACAUAUACCGUCUUUGAGCAUGCCGCGACCGGCGCCAGGAUGGAGUUUGUCAAGAACUCUGGCAUUUGCGAAACUACCCCGGGGGUUAAUCAGUACUCGGGAUAUCUCUCCGUCGGGACUAACAUGAAUAUGUGGUUCUGGUUCUUCGAGGCGCGAAACAACCCCCAACAAGCUCCUCUGGCUGCCUGGUUCAACGGUGGUCCUGGGUGCUCCUCCAUGAUCGGCCUUUUCCAGGAAAACGGCCCCUGUCACUUCGUUAACGGGGCCAGCACUCCCUCGCUGAACAAGUACAGCUGGAAUAACUACGCCAACAUGCUAUAUGUUGACCAGCCCAUCGGUGUUGGUUUCUCCUACGGCACAGACGAUGUGACCAGCACGGUGACUGCGGCGCCAUAUGUUUGGAAGCUGUUGCAGGCGUUCUACGCGCAGUUUCCACAGUACCAAAGUCGCGAUUUCGCCAUCUUCACCGAGUCAUAUGGUGGACACUACGGCCCCGAAUUCGCCGCGUAUAUCCAACAGCAAAAUGCCGCUAUCACAGCAGGAUCCGUCUCAGGCGAAAACAUCAACUUGAUUGCCCUUGGUGUUAACAACGGCUGGAUCGACUCUGCAAUCCAAGAAAAGGCAUAUAUCGAUUUCAGUUACAACAACUCUUACCAGCAACUCAUCAGCGACUCGCAGCGCACAAGCCUCCUGAGCGCCUACAACAACCAAUGUCUCCCUGCUAUCCAAAAGUGCGUGCGAACAGGAAGCAACUCCGACUGCCAAAAUGCGGACAGCGUUUGCUAUAAUCAAAUCGAGGGACCAAUUAGUAACUCGGGUGACUGGGACGUCUAUGAUAUCCGGGAGCCGUCCAAUGAUCCAUAUCCACCUUCGACAUACUCCACUUAUCUCUCCAAAUCUGCCGUUGUAAAGGCUAUUGGCGCGCAGACCAGCUAUCAGGAAUGUCCAAACGCACCGUAUAAUAAGUUUGCAUCCACAGGUGAUAACCCGCGAUCUUUCCUCUCUACACUCUCCAGCGUGGUCCAGUCCGGCAUCAACGUGCUAGUCUGGGCCGGUGACGCCGACUGGAUCUGCAACUGGCUCGGCAACUAUGGGGUUGCCAAUGCAGUGAACUUUUCAGGACACGCUGAAUUUAGCGCAAAGAACCUGGCACCAUACACGGUCAAUGGCGUUGAAAAGGGCAUGUUCAAGAAUGUGAACAAUUUUUCGUUCUUGAAGGUGUAUGGAGCGGGACAUGAGGUUCCUUUCUACCAACCCGAGACAGCGCUGCAGGUAUUUGAGCAGAUUCUUCAGAAGAAGCCAAUUGUCCCAACUUGA